AUGUACGUGUCGUUCAAAUUAAAUGUAAUGGAUAGUUUCAUGAAUUACCAGUGCACAGAUGAGGCAUGGGAUCAAAGGAAUCUGUUCGCGAAGCCUUUUCAGAACGGCGUGGAUGCGGUGCCGGCGGUUAAGCAAAGAUGCCAAGCAAAUGCUCGCGAGAGGGACAGGACACAAAACAGUGUCAACAUGGCGUUUAAUACGCUUCGUCUGCUGAUACCGACGGAGCCUCCUGACAGGAAACUCAGCAAGAUCGAAAUCCUCAGACUAGCAGGAAGUUAUAUAACACACCUUGACAAUCAGCUUUAUACCGGAAAUAUGGAACGGCCAUGCUUACAGAAAACCGAUGCGGAUGAUAAAAACACAACAAUGUGCACUUUUUGUUGGACUUCAGUUAAAAAAGAGAAAAUCAGUGCAUCGAAAUUGGAUACCUUUUAUAAGAGUUCAUAUUAAAAUGUACAGUAUAAACAUUUUUGAAUCAUAAUUACGGUUGCUUAAAGAAAUAAU